AUGGGACACGCUGAGUCCAAGGAGAGGCUCUUGUUUAUUGAUAUAGUUAAACAUAUGAUAAAUGGAAGAGGAAUUAAAGUAACUAACAAGCAAUUAACUCAGUUUUUUCAGUUUGUACAGGAACAAUGCCCAUGGUUUCCAGAACAGGGAACAGUUAAUAUAGAAACAUGGCAAAAGGUGGGGCAAACUUUACAAGUAUAUUACAGUCAUUUUGGACCUGAGAAGGUCCCAGUAGAUACUUUUACUUUAUGGAACCUUAUUAGAGAGAGCAUUGCCCCCUUGCCUGAAGGUCAGAAGAACCCAUAUAAAUAUCCUGCAGAAGUAAUGGAUAAAUGUACUCCGUUACUUUCCCCAAAACCGUCAAAAGAAACUGAGGUUUUGGCUGCUGCUUUAAAAGACUGUAACCUUAAUGAUAAUGACUCAGAGGAGGAAGAUGAGUCACCUACUGAUAAAAACUCUAAUUUGUUAAAAAGUCCUCCUUUUGAUGAUGAAUUGCCUCCUGCAGAUCAGGAUGAUUUAGAUGCUGCUGCAUAUGAUUAUGAAAGAAGGAAGUACGAACCCCCUGGGUCAAGAAGCCGAAUUUCAAAUGUCGGAGGUUUGCCACCUCCGCCACCUUUUAAUAAAAGUCAUGGCAAAUAUAAAAGGCAUAGGAGAAUAAACGGUGAAGAUGAUGAUUAUGCUUUUGCAGCCUGCUUUCCAGUCAUUUUUGAGGAUGGUUUUGAUGAUGAGCCAUAUUGGGAUCCCUUGCCUUUAAAACUUUUAAAAGAACUUAAAAAGGCCUGUGUAGAUUACGGACCGUUGGCGCCUUAUACUAUGACUCUUAUAGAUGCCUUGGCAAAUAGAUGGAUGACUCCAUAUGACUGGAUUCAGGUUACAAAGGCCUGUUUAUCUGGAGGACAAUAUCUGCUUUGGAAAACAGAAUAUGAGGAACAGGUGAAUAAAGAACAUGCCUUAAAUAAGAAGAGGGAUAAGUUUAACAUUACUAAAGAUAUGUUAUUAGGCCAGGGAGAAUAUGAUUCAGCUCAACAACAGAUGCAUAUGGGAAAAGAGGCCUUAUGGCAGGUAACUAUGUGCGCAGUAAAUGCCUGGAAGUCUUUGCCUUUGACUCCAGGAAAAGCCUCCACCUUAACAGAUUUAAGACAAAAACCUGAGGAGGCAUAUGAGGAAUUUGUUUCUCGGUUGUUAACAGAGAUAAAAAGAGUGAUAACUGAUGAGGAUGCAGCUAACAUGCUAGCUAAACAAUUAGCCUUUGAAAAUGCAAACCCUGUUUGUCAGAACUUGAUUCGGUCAAUUAGAAAAACUGGAAGCAUUUCAGAUUUUAUUAAACAAUGUUCUGACGUGGGACCCUCUUAUAUGCAAGGGAUUGCUUUGACAGCCGCCCUAAAGGGAGAAACACUUCCUCAAUGCAUGAUGAAUAUGGUUCAAAAAACAAAAAACCCUAGGGGACCAAAAGGAAAUAAUUGCUUUGCUUGUGGAGGCACAGGUCAUUUCAGUAGGGAAUGUCCUAAUAAAAAUGCGCCUCCAGCAGGUCCUGUUAAAAUGAUGCCCCCUGGUAAUGUUGGGGUCCCUAAGACUCCAUGCCAAAGAUGUGGGAAAGGAAAUCAUUGGACUAAAUUGUGUAGGAGUAAAUAUCACAAGGACGGACACAUUCUUCCCCUUAAUGGGGUUUCUACAGUGCCUCAGGCUGGAGCUCAGAUGCCAAUGUAUCCUACUCCUGUUUUUCCAGAUACACUUACUGGAACUAAUUCGGGAAACUUACUUCGGGCCCAACCCCGGGCCCAACAAACAAUAGGGGCAAUUCACCAGACGCUCAAUCCCUUUCUUCCCUCAGGGGAAUUGAUAAAUUGUUCAGGGCCACCCCAGGCAGCGCAGGAUUGGACCUCUGUGCCACCUCCGCAACAAUACUAA